AUGCACGUGGUGAUAGCUCCACAGACUGAAGACGACCAAGAGCUCCGGUGUGUGCAUUGGCCAUGGAAUUUCACGCUUCGAGAAGGCCCACUCUGGAUAUAUGCUGCUGCCGCUGCUUCGGAAGACGGCGUAGUCAUCGGCGAGGAAGACGAUGUUGGUUUUGUAUGGACGACACAAUCGAGCAGCUCACUGGACGUUGUGCAACAGUUUCAGCGACAGGCUGUAGUAGGUGUUCUCGUAGUCGCCAACAGGAAGGUCGUCAUGGUCGCACAUUUCCUCACUGAGCAUUCGCCUUGUGGUGGAUGGGUGCUUUGA